GGCACAGCUGGCAGAGGAGGCCGGGCACACGUGGAGUCUCUCCGCCUCCUGCCCACUCAGGAUCGGGAGGAGGAGCCGCUCUCCCUCCGCUCGUCUCUCCACUUCCUCGGUGAACUUGUCGGCUGGAGGUCGCUGUCCACACAUCGCGGCCGGACCCCAGCGCCCCCACCCAUGGCCGGGCACGAGUGGGACUGGUUCCAGCGGGAGGAGCUGAUAGGACAGAUCAGUGACAUCAGGGUCCAGAACCUGCAAGUUGAACGAGAAAAUGUGCAGAAGAGAACGUUCACCCGAUGGAUCAACCUGCACCUAGAGAAGUGCAAUCCUCCCCUGGAGGUGAAAGAUUUGUUUUUGGAUAUUCAAGAUGGCAAAAUCCUGAUGGCGCUACUGGAGGUGCUGACCGGGCAGAGUCUGCUCCACGAGUACAAGUCAUCGACUCACCGGAUCUUCCGCCUCAACAAUAUAGCCAAAGCACUGAAGUUCCUGGAAGAUAGUAACGUGAAGCUGGUCAGCAUUGACGCUGCGGAGAUCACAGAUGGAAACCCCUCGCUGGUCCUCGGCCUCAUCUGGAACAUCAUCUUGUUCUUACAGAUUAAAGAACUCACAGGAAAUCUGAAUAGAAUGUCGUCCUCUUCCAGCCUGUCCUCACUGCCCAGCGGGACCGAGUCUGACACGUCUCAUCCCAGCACGCCGAGCACGGAGAAGAGCAUGUCUGUUUCAAUUAGGGAUCAACGCAGAGCGAUCAAAGCUCUUCUCUACUGGGUUCAGCAAAGGACGCGAAAGUACGGGGUCGCGGUGCAGGACUUUGCCGGUAGCUGGAGGAGCGGACUCGCAUUUCUUGCUAUUAUUAAAGCCAUAGACUCCAGCCUGGUGGACAUGAAGAAAGCAUUGGAGAGAUCACCGAGGGACAACCUUGAAGACGCCUUCAAUAUCGCCAAAAACAACCUCAACAUACCGCGCCUUCUAGAGCCAGAGGAUGUGAUGGUGGACUCUCCUGAUGCCCAAUCCAUAAUGACCUAUGUAACGCAGUUUCUUCAACACUUUCCAGAACUUGACCCGGAUGAGUUUGCAGAGGAAAAUGAAGAAGCUCCUCUGGAGAUGAUGUAUGUACGAUACAAAGAUGGGCCAACGGAGGAGGAGGGUAAAAUCAUAACUGUGAGCAGAAAUGAGGAUACGGGCUACACGGUGGAGCUUCAGACAAGACCUCUCACUCCACCCCAGACAUAUGCCGAAGUAGAUAUCCCAUAUGAUGAUAAGCCGAAUUCAGAGAAAAGCGGCAAAAAUCCAUUCCUGGUCCCAACUAUUAAUAUACCAGAUGAAGGGAUGAAUGCGGACGACGCUCGGCUCAAGUUAGAUAAUGUCUUACGCCGGCUGGAAAUGUCUCCCAGGAGAUCUGAUCUAGCCAGGAGGAGUCCUGUUGGUCCUGAGCACAAUGGUGAAGGACAUCAAGGAGGUUAUGAAGGUCCAAUUAACCCCUUCACAAUAUCCAAUGGGAAAAAUUCUCAUCCUUACACAGGCUCUGUAGAUGAUGUUCAGUCCAACUCUACAUUCAGUUUUGGGGACGACAGUUAUAGUGAAACAUCUUCAUUGUUCUCCUCUGUUUCUGAUAAGGAACCCAAUGAAUUAUUUUAUCAAACAGAAGUGGGCAAAAGAGACCCAAAGUCCGCAAUGGCAUGUAAAGACGACGAUGACUACAAGUAUGUCAGUCACCAUCCCAGUGAUAGUCCGGAUGGCAGCAACUCCAAGCAGCUGACCGUCUUCCAAGCCUAUAGAGCGAGUGAACACGAUGGUCAAGUCCAGGCCUCAGAAAGUGAAGCAGAAAGAGAUGAGACGGAUAGCACGGAUACACCAAAGAUUUCCAUCAUUCCUCAUGACUUAUUCUAUUACCCCCACUAUAGUGUCCCCAUUGCAGACGUCCUACAAGCGUUCUCCGACAACUGUCCUGACAGCCUUCUAGAACAGACCUUCACUUUCGACGUUUCGUCCGAGGAAAGGACAGGUGACACUUCGACGCUCAGUAGUGGAGUCUACUUGGACACGGAGUCGACGGGGAGCGAUACGUCAAUAGAAGAGUCUCAGGAGAUGGUGUUAGGUUUGGAGAACUUUGGGCACAAUUUACAUUAUGCCAAAAUAAUGGCACAGGAAUCGGAAGACGGAUCAAUGGCGAACGGAUCAGUAGCUCAAGCUGCACGAAAUGUACGGAACAAUGCUUUCCAUGCUGGAUAUAACUAUGGAUAUCAGGAUGGUGGUACAGAUAGUUCAGAGGAUGAGUGGAACGGGAAAUGGUCGGGGAGAGAAGUAUACGUCUGUGGACGGGGGGAUCUGGAUGAUGAUGAUGAUGAUGAUGAAGAUUUACCUGAGGACAGAGAAGACAAGGAAGCAGCAGAUACAGAGGAGUUUUGGCUGACAAGGGAUGUACAGAAUGAUGGCUGCAUACACAGGAGGGGAGAGCUGAACACUGCAGGACAUUCCAAUGUUGGAGCUUAUAAGAACGUCAAUGGAGAAGGAGAGCAGAUUUUAGGAUUUGGGAAACAAUCGACGAACCAGAUCGCCGCCCCGAAACGUCAUUCCGCGACCUCCAGAGCGCCGUUCUUCGGUCGCCAGCCCCCGGACACCCUCCAUGUGCUGAUCGCCCUGUGGAUCCUCUGCUAUUUCCUGCUGAUCCUCCCCGAGUUGGAUUUGAGCAAAGUUUCGUUUUUCGUAGAAAGCGACUAAAGACUGUCCGCCGGGUGACGUCAGGUCACGCCGUGUCCCAUAGGGGGCGCUUGAACUUGUUCUCCAGCAAUAAUAACUCAACCUGCUUCUUACAUUUUAAUGAUGCAAAAAAAUAAAAAUAAGCAGGGAAGGUACAGAGGGGUAGAAGACGGGGGUCGCUUUGUGCCUUUUUUGGGUAAAAAGAAAACGUAUUGUUAUGGACAUAUUUUAAUGCUUUUCCUGUAUAUGUUGCUGGUUGAUCUAGGUAGUAAUUAUUUUUUAACAAGGAUCUGAAAGCCUUGCUAGAUGCCUCCUGGGGGGGGGGGGUAUAUAUAGAAAAGAGGGGGCUCCAUUCACGAUGAUGGAAAAUGGGGAAAACCAAAAGUGGCCCCUCUUCUUCCCCAUGGGCCCCUUAGCUGCCCCUAUAGAUUACAUAGGCCCUACAUGAUUCAGUGUAUGGCAGGUCCUGUAAGUCUUCCCAUAAACUGCCACCGAUAGAUGCUUUAUAUCCUUCAACCUCAGAUCUGGAAAAGCUCAUCAAACUACUGCAGUUUAUUAGUCAGCGACUACUUGUAUGGGGUUUCUAGUUUUUUUUUUAUAACUUUGUAAGGGGGCCAUUACAGAGGGGUUCUAUUUCCAGUCUCAUGAAAGCGUAUAGGUUUCCAAAAGUUAUCCCGCACAACAUAUGGACCCUGCCUUAUCUGGACACCUCCUUUGUUUGCCCUUUGGCGAUGUAAUAGAAAUUGUGCGGCCCCCUGUGACAGUCUGAUGAUUUAUAUGAUCGCCCCAGCCCUCCGUAUUCAGCUUCAUGACAAUUGUAGGGACAUGUUCUGUCAUAACAAAACAAAUAUCAAGUUUUCUACCUUUUAUAUACUAUUUUACAUAUAAAAUGAAUCUACAGAAGAGGUUGUCACUGUGUACAUACAUUACAUUACUUAUCCUGUAUUAUACUCCAGAGCUGUACUCACUAUUCUGCUGGUGAGGUCACUGUGUACAUACAUUACAUUACUUAUCCUGUACUGAUCCUGAGUUAUAUCCUGUAUUAUACUCCAGAGCUGCACUCACUAUUCUGCUAGUGAGGUCACUGUGUACAUACAUUACAUUACUUAUCCUGUAUUAUACUCCAGAGCUGCACUCACUAUUCUGCUGGUGAGGUCACUGUGUACAUACAUUACAUUACUUAUCCUGUACUGAUCCUGAGUUAUAUCCUGUAUUAUACUCCAGAGCUGCACUCACUAUUCUGCUGGUGAGGUCACUGUAUACAUACAUUACAUUACUGAUCCUGUACUGAUCCUGAGUUAUAUCCUGUAUUAUACCCCAGAGCUGUACUCACUAUUCUGCUGGUGAGGUCACUGUGUACAUACAUUACAUUACUGAUCCUGUACUGAUCCCGAGUUAUAUCCUGUAUUAUACUCCAGAGCUGUACUCACUAUUCUGCUGGUGAGGUCACUGUGUACAUACAUUACAUUACUUAUCCUGUACUGAUCCUGAGUUCUAUCUUGUAUUAUACCCAGAGCUGUACUCACUAUUCUGCUGGUGAGGUCACUGCGUUCAUACAUUACAUUACUUAUCCUGUACUGAUCCUGAGUUAUGUCCUGUAUUAUACUCCAGAGCUGUACUCACUAUUCUGCUGGUGAGAUCACUGUGUAUAUACAUUACAUUACUUAUCCUGUACUGAUCCUGAGUUAUAUCCUGUAUUAUACUCCAGAGCUGCACUCACUAUUCUGCUGGUGAGGUCACUGUGUACAUACAUUACAUUACUUAUCCUGUACUAAUCCUGAGUUAUAUCCUGUAUUAUACUCCAGAGCUGCACUCACUAUUCUGCUGGUGAGGUCACUGUGUACAUACAUUACAUUACUUAUCCUGUACUGAUCCUGAGUUAUAUCCUGUAUUAUACUCCAGAGCUGUACUCACUAUUCUGCUGGUGAGGUCACUGUGUACAUACAUUACAUUAUUUAUCCUGUACUGAUCCUGAGUUAUAUCCUGUAUUAUACUCCAGAGCUGUACUCACUAUUCUGCUGGUGAGGUCACUGUGUACAUACAUUAUUGUGCUGAUUCUGUAGAUUCAUUUUAUCUGUUAACAGUAAAAUGGUAUAUGGGGAUGGACAGGCGCUUUAAUAAUCAAUGUAAUUGAUUUUUAUUGUAUAUUACAUAGAAAAGUAAUACAGAUAUCGGAAUAUAAUUCAUAUAUAAAGGCUAACAUGACUGAAGAAUAUGCAGGUUAAUACUGUAGACCAGUAGUCCCUAAACUGUUGACCUCCAGCUGUUGCAAAACUACAACUUCUAGCAUGGCCGGACAGCCAAUGGCUGUCCGGGCAUGCUGGCAGUUGUAGUUUUGCAACAGCUGGAGGCAUCUUGGUUGGGAAACACUGUCUUAUAUGGUAGCAUUGCACUGUCGCCAUUCAAAGAAUGGUAAAAUACUAUUGGGGUCAUUCGGGGGAUAUUGUAUCAAUCUACAGCACGUCGGACUCACUAGUUACUGUACUAUGCCAGUGAAAUGUUGCUCUCAAAUAUCUUCCAGUAUUGCCAAAUAACAGCCAAACCUCUGGAAGAAUAUUAACUUUUAUCUUUGCAAUACUUUUUUAAUUUUUUUGUGUAUUUUAUAUAUAUAUAUAUAUAUAUAUAUAUACCAGGUUGUAACUCUGUGUAUAUUAGAUUGUUAUAUAUACGUAUAGAUUCUAUAACAGCCAUGCACAUAGGAAAAGUUUUAUUGAGGAUAUACUUAAAUGGGUAUUCCAUGAAAAAACUUUUUUUAUAUACAUCAACUGGCUCCAGAAAGUUAAACAGAUUUGUAAAUUACUUCUAUUAAAAAAUCUUAAUCCUUUCAAUAAUUAUCAACUGCUGAAGUUGAGUUGUUGUUUUCUGUCUGGCAACAGUGUGCAGUUCCCGAGACAAGCAGAGAUGUCAGCAGAGAGCAGAGUAGAAGAGGUUUGCUAUGGGGAUUUGCUACUAAACUGGGCGGUUCCCGAGACACGUGUCAUCAGAGAGCACUUAGACAGAAAAAACAGCUCAACUUCAGCAGCCCAUAAGUACUGA